AUGGCAACCCGCGAUCCCGGCGAAGUUGCCGCUGACGCUCUCAACGACUUUUUCGGUCAACUCUACAGCUUCUUUGAGACCAUCUUUACCCGAUUCUUCGGAAACCUCUAUGCCUCCUUCGCCGAUGUGAGCAUCAACCGCUGGACGAAGGUCAUCCUGUCUGUGAUUGGCUACAUUCUCAUCCGGCCAUACAUCGAGCGUUUCUUCAAGUUCAUGCAUGACCGAGACCGCAAGAAGCAGCUGGAGAAGGAAAAGGCCGAGAGAGAUGGAAAGAAGGCGAAGAUGUCAGCUAAUGAGCUUCGUGGCGGCUCCGGAGCUGGUCGAGUCCUCGGAGAAGUGGAGAACACAGACGAUGAGAUUGAAGAUGGAGAGGACUUCGCGACGGCGAGCGGCGUCCCUGAGUGGGGAAAGAACGCUCGGAAGAGACAGAAGAAGUACAUGAAGAACCUGGAGAAGGAGGCUGAGAGCCGGACACACAAUCUCUCUGAGGAGCAGCUUAUGGAGCUGCUGGAUUGGAGUGAGUCGGAGGAUGACAAGGCCGCUAGUAAGAAGGAGUAG